AUGUCAGUCCAGGAUCGUCGCCCAUCAAUAGCUGAACGCAGACCUUCCAGCGUGUCAAAUUUAUCAUCUAGGAGACCAUCAGUUGUCAUACCUCCGCUUGAAGGCAUCGAAAAACCAAUGGCACAAACAAAGGUUGACAAUCUAGAAUGUGACGUGCUCAUCUGUGGUACAGGGUUGCAGGAGAGUAUCUUAGCUGCUGCAUUAUCCUGGCAAGGAAGCAAAGUUUUACAUAUCGAUACAAAUCCUUAUUAUGGUGACCAUUCGGCAACCCUAACGAUUGAUCAAAUCAAAAAUUGGUUUAUUAACUCAAAACUAAACAAAACUGGUUUCAAAACUUAUAAAAACAUUAAGCUGGAUAUUAAUGAAAAUGAUUAUAAGAUUGUUUCCAGAGACUUUGGUAUAGACUUAUCCCCUAAAAUCCUAUUUGCAAAAUCGGAAUUUUUGAAUUUGUUGAUAAAAUCAAGGGUAUAUCACUAUCUUGAGUUUCAAAGUUUGAGUAACUUCCACACUUUUGAGAACAAGUCAUUUGGCAAAUUGGUAUCCUCUAAAGAAGACAUUUUUACAAGCGAAUCUUUGGAUCUUGUAAUGAAGAGAAAAUUGAUGAAAUUUUUGAAAUUCAUCAUCGAUGAUAAUAGUGUCAAAAGUUUGUCACGAGACGAUCUAGUUUUGCCAUUGAAGGAAUAUUUGCAAAAGAACUUCAAGAUAGAUGGUAAAUUCAAUAAUGAAUUAAUGUAUUCUUUGGGAUUGAUCAACACUCCACAGAUAAACGCAUUGGAUGGUUUAUCACGUAUUAGAAGGUACUUGUUAUCAAUGAACAUUUAUGGUAACUUUCCAACUUUAUAUUCCAAAUAUGGUGGACCAGGUGAAAUAUCUCAAGGUUUCUGUAGAUCAGCAGCUGUUGCUGGUACCACCUACAAACUCAACACAAAACUUUUGAAUUAUGAUUCAAAGAAAAAAGUUGCCAAUUUAAGUGACGGAACACAUGUUAAAGUCAAUGAAAGAGUUGUUUCCUCUUUGAACCAAACAAUUAACAAACCUAAAAAUGCUAAACUAUACGAAAUUCAAAGAAUGGUCUUGAUUGUUGACAAGCCGUGUGAUGAAUGGUUUGCAGAAGGUGAAUCGUCAUCGAUUGUUGUUUUCCCUCCGGGAUCGCUCUCCUCCAACAACAAAUACCCUGUCGAAUGUCUAAUCAUGGGAUCCGGAACCGGUUGUUGUCCAGAUGGCAAGUGCAUCUGGUAUAUUCAUACCAUAGCACCCAUAAUUAACAAUACAGCCGGAAAUGACCUCUAUUGUGCAUUAAAGGAAAUGGAAGAGAGUUACAUCCGGGAAUCUAAGUUCAACAUUGAAAACUGUCUAGAUGACGACGAUAUUCAAGUUGUGGAUGAUAAGGUAACAUUAACUGCUCAAGGUUCAGUGAAGUUGAGUGAAAGCCUGAGAAAUUUUGAGAAUAAUUUACCAAAUAUUAAAGACAAGAUUGGUUACAUUUUGAAGCUAGAAUUUACUCAGCUAACAAUGGUUGACCAAAAUGAUGAAAACAACCUUUGGGGGUUCGAUGAUACUGUCAAAAUUUCGAACGACGAUGUCAUUGUUACGGAUAUGCCUUCAAGUGAAUUAUCGUAUGAUGGAAUAAUAACUGAAGCAAAGAAGAUCUAUAAAGAGAUUGUUGGAGAUGAUGUGGAUUUCUUUGAUGUGGACUUCGAAGAUGAUGAGGAAGAGAGGGAAAUUGCAGCUACUUUUGAGAAUGAUGACGUAUUAAGUGACGAUGUAGCUGUCGAAGAGGGGGACAGCGUGGGAAAUAGUGAAACUGGUGUAAUGGAUUUCGAACUUUAA